UGGAAAGGGCCGAAAUAUAAGAGAUUUGAUACACGCCAGGAGGCGGUAGAAUAUAUUCGAACGCACGGGAACGAAGCCGCCCAAGAAGUACUCCGAAUGGAAGAAGGCGUUGAGCCUCUCAAUAAGAAGAAGAAGAAGAAGUCGGCGGAGGAUGAUUUUGAGGAUCUUAUUGUUACAGACGAUGAAUCAGACAUCGAGCCUGUCUAUACGGAUGGCAGUGCAUCCUCUAAUGGCCGUGCUGGAGCUGUUGCCGGAGUUGGAGUCUACUUCGGCACAGGUGAUCCAAGGAAUAUCUCGGAGCGCCUUAAAGGCGAGGUACAGACAAACCAACGAGCAGAGCUAACGGCAAUCUUACGGGCGUUGGAAAGUGUGCCACUCGAUCAGAAAAUUCGCAUCUUCUCGGAUAGUAAGUAUUCGAUCAGCUGCGUGACGGAAUGGUACGUGAACUGGCAAAAGAACGGAUGGAAAACGAAGGACGGGAUCGUGAAGAAUAAGGACCUUAUUGAAGCUAUUCGAACUAAGAUCGAUGAACGCACUCAAGCCGGGACAGGGACUUUCUUCCAAUGGGUGAAAGGGCACGCGGCAGAAGCUGGAAAUGUGGCGGCGGAUAAGCUUGCUGUCCAAGGGGCGAAGCUCAAAGCGGAAGCAUGAUGGAAAGCAACGAAAGGACAGCACUGGAGACUAGGUACCUACGUAAGGUAGGUGAAUACUGGGUGUUCGGGUUGGACGACUACUGAAUGCACACAUACCGAUA